AAGUGUUAGUGAAACGGCGCUUUUCCACUACACAAACAACAAACCGUGACGUGAAGUGACGUCAAAUACGAGCAACUAUUAAAUAUUUCGUAUGAGGCAAGAGCCCAAACGAACGCUAUACCGUGAUCAAGACAGUCAAGACAGCCGCCCACUUCAAACAUAUGCCCACGUACAUAUGCAUGUACAUAUGUAUAUACGUGAAUAUAGCAAGCGACUCUCUGCUUUUACGUGCGAGUAUUUAUUUACAUGUGCUUUUUUCAUACGCUUGCUGCCAAAGCAUUAAGCCAGCUGUGAUCAACGCGUAAAGAAACGAAAGUUUUCAUUUUCUUUGCUGUUUUCGGCUACGCUAUUCUUCGCUAGCAGAUCGACAUUUACUAAGCUUUUGGUUUGGUGGCGUGCGCUGUCGUUAUCUGUCGUUCAUUUCGGGUUUUUCGCUUUUUAUUGUUAUUGCUAUUUGUAUUUUUACGCGCACUCUGCAGUGUUGCUGAGCACCUUUUGCGCCUUUUAUAUCGCUCUUCAGUUUGGUGUUUGGAACUUUGAUAUUUUUUUUUUUGUUUGCUUCUACCUAAAUUUUUCUCCAAUAUUUUCGGCGUUUCGACGUGCUCGUGCGACACGGCGCAGAGCGAUCUCAGACGUAGAGCGCCACAGUUCGACAGUACAACGUCACGACGUCAGCGGCCAGCGAUAACUGCGCGCGAUCAGAGAAUUUCUCUAAAUAAACGCAACACGCUGGUGCAGUUCAGUAACGCGUAAAAAUUUCACUGCAACGGUUUGUUCCGCCAACGGCAACGGAUGAACGGAAUGCUGAUAUGAGCGCAGAUUAAAGCAAGGAAAGAAACAACUUGUUGAAUAUACAUAUACAUCCAUACAUAUUUACCUACAUACAUGUGUAUCUGAGCAUAUGCCGUCGAUAGCAGAUAAAAAUAAAAAAUAUAUAAAAAUAACUUUUGAAUUAUUUACGACUUUGCAGUGAGUGCAAUAAAUGGUUGAAGCGAAUUGAAGGAAUUUAAGUGUUUUUCAUAUUUGAUUGCUAAGUUUGUGUGGAAAGUGUAAAACAGAAGCUGCAUUCGAGAUAAACAGUGUUUGAAAAAGAGCUAAAAAAGAUACAAAUAUACGUAAAAAUAUUUUGGGGGCGUCUACGCGUGAAUUGCAUUGCAUCUUGAUCCUGUCAUACGACGCGCCAUUCGCACGAUCUUUCCGUUGCGUAUACGUACUGACGUGCUCCGAACGCUAAGACGUUGAAAAAUACACUUUUUUUUAUUGCAAACAACAAACACUGCACAACACACAACACUAAAGCCUAAAUAUGUCACACCAAUGCAGUUGUGGACGCGAUCUCAACAACAACUAUGUGUCCUAUACAAGCGCCUAUGCCAAUACCACUACGAGCCUAGAUCGUGAGGCGAGCAGCAGCCUUUCGGGCGGCGUUGGCAAAUCGGCCAUGUCCGGCAAGACGACGACACAGCUCACAGCGAAAGUGAUGUUUGGCACUGUGGGCGCUAUUAAGGAUUUGCGCGAAAAGGAAAAGUCGCGACAUGUGACAACACGGGCCAGCGACCGGCGUAACUGAGUCCAGUGGUGUGUAAGCGUAAAGAGACUGACUAAAAAGGGGUUUGUUGUUGUUAUUCGAAGACGCUGGGUGAAUGGGUGCUGGUAGAGCAAGGCAGGACAGAGCAGUGUUAUGUAGAGCAUGAGCAUGAGCAUGAGCAUGAGCAUGAGCAUGAAUAAAGGAUAUGGUGGCGUGGCGUGGUAUGAAGUGGCGAAGCAUUGAGUUGCAGUGUUGGUAGCAGGCGGUGGGCGCAACUCUCCCGUGAUGUUGGUCGCUCAAAUGUAGAUGUUGAAAUUGCAAAGCGUGUAUAUACAUACAUACGUAUAUUUACUGAGUUGUAUUUAUGUGUAUAUCGUGUUGUAAUUACGUGUACGUCUAGCAGCAACGCGAAGUUUCCAGAAAAAAAUUCCCAAAUAUCACAAAUAUCAGUUCGAAGCUAUAAAGAGAUAAUAAGCAAAACAUACAUAUUUUUUUUUUAACUACUUACCAAUACAAACCUACACUUCUUUAUUUUUGCAAGUGUGUAUAUAUGUACUUUUCAAGUGUUUUUUUUUCGGCUUCAAUAGUUUAUGCUCAUACUCUGUUUUGUGCUUGGAGAAAAAUGUAAAUAUUUGCAUACCAGUUUAAUUACAUAUAUAAAAAUUAAGUGCAUAAUGUAAAACAUGUAUUUAAAGAAUAAUAAUUUAUACUUUUAAGCGAAAAAUGUGAAAAAUAUUUGUCGUUAAUUUGCGACAUUAAGCACGCAAAUUAUAAUAUAUUAAUACACACAUAUAUAAUAUAUAAAGCAAAAUUUUUGUGCAUUAA